AUGGAGAUCAACAAGAAUUGUAGUAAUGGCACCAAUGGAUCUGCGGCAAUAGCCAGGUGGCGGCGACGCUCCCUCAUACCGUCUUCGUGGGAAACCUCUGUUCGUCUUGUUAACGUAAACGAGUCUGCGGCAGCCGGCAGCUCUCUGGCUCAAGCUUUCGCAACUGAUGCAAUGAGCCAAUAUCUGCUCGACGGUGACGAUAUGGUCGACUACUCUGAUGAGCAGAAAUGGAAGCUUCAUGUUGACUAUAUGACUUAUAUGGUUGCAGCGCACUGUUACAAGGGCACGGUGACAACUAUUGGGUCGGACUACGAAGCCGUAGCUCUUUGGCUUGCGCCGGGCCAACAAAUGGAUGACUGGUGGACUAGUAUUCGCAGUGGCAUGUGGAGAUUAAAUUACCAGCUGUCAGCUGAGGGGCGAAGACGAUAUUACAAUGAAAUGUUGCCCGUUCUCGACCAGACCAAAUUGGAAGUCAUGGGCGAGCGGGAUAAGGACUCGUACUAUCUUGUAUACAUCGGCACCAAGCCCAAUGCCCAAGGAAGGGGUUAUGCCGGAAAGUUGAUCCGCGACAUGGUCGCCAAGGCUGAUGCUGAGCAGCGUCCCAUGUACCUUGAGUCUAGCGCUGAACGUAAUAAUGGCUACUACGCAAAGUUCGGAUUCGAAGUCAAACGUGAAGUUGUCUUCGAGGGCAGCUUCGAGCCCAUCAAGAUGUGGAUCAUGGUUCGUGAACCUCUGAUUCCGCGUCCUGCUUGUGGUUCUAUUGUCGUAACCGCCGUCAGCAGCGCGGUCAAAUUCUAG